AUGGACGGACCCGAUGCUGCGGUAUAUUUCUUAAAGUGUUCGAAGACAUGCGAAGACAUGGCCACGUGCCAAACGGAGAACAGUUUAGUUACUUUCGACGACGCAGGUAUGACCCAAUCUACUGAUGGAUCCUCUGAGAUCAUCUGCAGUGGUUGGCGGGUAGCAGGGGCCCCGUGCGGCUUCUCUGCUGCUGUUCUGAAGCAGCUCCCAACUGCAGCAGCAGCAGCUGCCGCUGUUGCUGCUGCUGCGGCGCAAAGGGUAACUGCAACUGCUGCUGCUGCGGAGCUGGAGCAGACACAGAUACCUGCAUCCAGGGACCUGGUUGCUGCAGCAGCAGCUCGUGAAGCAGAAAAUGAUGAAAUUUGA